AUGGGUCUACUUGUGAACCUUGUUCACCUCCACUCAACUCUCUCUUUCUUCAACUCUCAUGCAUUUUCUGGCAUUGCUUACAAACCUCACAGUGUUGAAUAUCCCAAAGUAAAUGUAACAUUUAAAUGUAAGGCUUAUGGAGGAGAAUUGGAGGCCUUGCCACACUUGCAGACUCUAAAGAAAUUUCCAAAGGAGGAGCUUGUUGAAAAAGUUGUCCUGGUCAGAUUUGACUCUGCCCUUUUGCUUCAGGAACAAGAGUCCAGUGCUGUUUUUACCAUUAAGUAUCUACAGCAGUCCGGGGCUAAAGUAGUUCUUGUUAGUGAUUGGAGUGCUAAAACUAAUCCGAAAGUGUUUGCUGCACAGUCUGUUGCAGAUUUGUUGUCAUCGGUUAUUGACUACAAAGUUGUUCCUGUAAAAUGCAUUUCUCAUAACAUGGCAUCAAAGAGAGAAGGCUUUGAAAAAUCUGAUAUUGUUCUCCUUGAGAAUCUUGCUGAUUUUAAAGGGGAAGUUGCAAACUGUUCAAAAUUUGCUCAAGUAUUGUCAUCCGGAGUAGAUAUUUUUGUCAAUGACUACUUUUCCCGGUCUCAUAAGAUUCUUGCAUCGACCUGUGGAGUUGCUCGUUUCUGUUAUGCUUGUUUAGCUGGUUUUCACUUUGAGGAGAGCCUAUAUCACCUCAGAAGGCUUGCAGAAACCAGUACAAAACCUUAUGCAGCAAUUAUUGGAGGCAGUAAUCUCUUCAAUAAAGCAGCUGCUUUGCAUACCUUAGCUUCCACAUGUGAUGGGUUAGUGUUUGUAGGAAUGAUGGCAUUCCAAAUAAUGCAUGCAUUACAGGUAUCUGUUCCCUUGAAUUUGGUGGAACAGGGAACACUUAAAGAAGCUUUAGAUAUAAUCCAGUUUGCACACAAUAGAAAUGUACAGAUCCUAUAUCCAAAAGACUUUUGGUGCAAGAAUGAUCAUCAUCCGAAGCAAUUGGAGAUAUUUCCUGGACAUGCCAUUCCGGAUGGUUGGGUACCUGUUGAUAUUGGGCCUGUAUCGCUAGAUGAAAUAAACUCUAUUCUCGCUAAAUGCAAGAAAGUUACCUGGAUUGGUCCAGUGAAAUUUCAUAUGAUCAGCCGCACAAAAGGAGCUUCUAAAGUGGCUCAAAUGCUUAAUCAACUAAGUCGAGGCGACAUGAACAUAACUGUCGUCGGGAAUAUGGCAUGUGAAGCAAUGGUGAAGGAAUCAGAUUCCAUCUUUCACUUCAAUAUGAUUGAGAAUGCUUCAGUUGUAUGGGAGUUUCUCAAAGGAAGAAAACUUCCGGGCAUCAUGGCUUUAGAUAUGGCCUACCCUUUUGAUAUUGACUGGAAGGCUGCCUAUUCAGAUCCAGCUCAACCUUUGGUAGUUGACAUUGGAAGUGGUAAUGGAAUGUUUGUUUUUGGGAUGGCUAAAACAAGGAAGGAUUUGAAUUUUCUCGGAUUGGAGAUUAAUAAAAAGCUGGUAAAACGUUGCCUGGAUUCCACUCACUGGUGUGGUAUAAGAAAUGGGUACUUCAUUGCAACAAACGCAACUUCAACAUUCCGCUCCAUUGUUUCCAGUUACCCUGGAAAGCUAGUACUUGUGUCAAUUCAGUGUCCAAAUCCUGAUUUCAACGAACCAGAACAUCGAUGGAGAAUGCUGCAAAGGUCACUAGUUGAAGCUGUUGCUGAUCUCCUUACAUCUGAUGGAAAGGUGUUUCUGCAAUCUGAUAUAGAGGCUGUCUCUGUGAGAAUGAAAGAACAGUUUCUGACACACAGCAAAGGCAAACUUACUAUUGUGCAUGAACAAAGGUAUGCCACAGAUAAUGAAGGGUGGCUUAAGGAAAAUCCAUUUGGAGUUCGAUCAGAUUGGGAACAACAUGUCUUAGACCGUGGGGACCCUAUGUACAGAUUAAUGCUUUGUAAAUCAGCCUCAAGUGAAUGA